AUGGAGGAAAGGGGCUGCCAGCCGGAUAGUGUGACUUACAAUGUUCUUCUCCAAGGAAUUUUAAAGUAUGUUCAUCAUGAUAUGGUAGAGAUGCUUUUACUGGAAAUGGAAGGAAAAGGCUUCUCACUUGAUGCUUCAACUGUAUCAAUGUUACUUGAUCAUAUAAAAGCUAGAUCUUUCGAUGCUUCUUUGCUUAAGCUGAUUGGCCAGUCCCUUUUAAUGGUGAAUCCAAGUGGUCGAAGCUCGAAGAUUAUUUUGGUGCUUCCAGCGAAACCAAAACACGUUGUUUCUUCUGUCGUCUCUCCUCCCCUCAACAAGUUCAAAGAUACAUCUGUUGCUCAUUCCACCCUCAUUUCAUCAUUUUCACAAUUUGGCACCGGAAUCUUUACCCCCAAAACGAUUUCAGCUCGGUUUCUUUCAACAUCUUCUCCUAAUCGUCAAACACCGGUUAAUCAUUAUCGGUCUAUGAGUGAGAAGAUUACUAACCUUGAUGAUGCCCUCCAACUGUUCGAUGAAAUGACUAAGAGGAAACCUCUGCCCUCAGUUUUCAAAUUUACCCAGUUGUUGCAAGCAGUUACCAAAAUGAAACAGUAUUCUUGUUCGGUUGACCUUUUUAAACGAAUGAAUGCCCUUCGUGUUCCUGUUAAUGUGCACACUAUUAGCAUUGUGAUCAAGUGCUGUUGCCAAAUGCACCGCACAAAUGAAGGAUUUGCAGUCUUAGGCUAUGGCUUCAAACACAAUAUAUUACCAAAUGUCUGCACUUUUAACACACUCUUAAAUGGACUCAUCCUUGAAAAUAGAGUCCUCAAAGCCGAAAGACUAUUUAAGAAGCUGAUCAAAGUGGAACUUUGUGAACCUAAUACAAUUACGUACAGCACUAUGAUUAAAGGGCUUUGCAGAUUUGGCAACAAUGAUACUGCCAUUGCAUUGCUUAAACUAAUGGAUAGAAGGGGUUGUAAACCAGAUGUGAUCACAUAUAGCAUCAUCAUUGAUAGUCUUUGCAAAGACAAAAUGGUAGAUGAUGCUUUAGGAAUCUUCAAAGAAAUGGUCUUCAAAAAAGGCAUCCUACCUAAUAUUGUGACUUACAAUUCUUUGAUUCAUGGCCUUUGUAAUUUAUGUCGUUGGGAUGAUGUCUCUAAAUUGCUCAAAGAAAUGGAGGAUGAUAGGAUCUCUCUAGAUGUUCGGACAUAUAGUAUAUUAGUUGAUACGCUUUGCAAGGAAGGGAAGGUGGAGGAUGCAAAUUGUAUUAUCAACUUAAUGACUGAAAGAAGGAAGGUUCCUGAUGUAGUGACUUACAACUCACUUAUUGAUGGGUAUUGUUUGCGAGGAGAAAUGGGGAAAGCAAAGGAAGUUUUUGAUUUGAUAGGGGUUUGA